UCAUAUUUAGCACCCAGCUUUCUGAGCAAGUUUAGCACCGACUGGGAAACCUGAAGCAACCUGGUCCUUGGAGCCAUAGUCAGAAGACAAGUUGAGUCUACCACAGAAGCGAUGGAAACCACUUUGGACUAUAGCAACUAUUACAUCUAUGACCUCCCCAGUCCCUGCAGCAAAGGGGGAGUGAGGGACUUUGGAAAACUCUUCUUGCCACCAUUAUAUUCCCUGGUGUUCCUAUUUGGUCUGCUGGGCAACUUCAUGGUGGUUUUGGUCCUACUCAAAUACAAGCGGCUUAAGUCUAUGACUGAUGUGUACCUGUUCAACCUCGCCAUCUCUGAUCUGCUCUUUGUUUUUUCCCUUCCUUUUUGGGUCUACUAUGUUGCUGACCAGUGGGUUUUUGGAACAGCCUUUUGCAAAAUCAUCUCCUACAUGUAUUUGGUUGGGUUUUACAGUGGCAUAUUCUUCAUUAUGCUCAUGAGUGUAGACAGGUACCUGGCAAUAGUGCAUGCUAUUUUUGCCUUGAGAGCCAGAACUCUGACCUAUGGGGUUAUUACGAGUCUAGUUAUAUGGCUGGUGGCCAUGUUAGCCUCACUUCCAGUCUUGUUAUUCAGCACAUCUUACACGGAGAAUAACACCACCUACUGCAAAGAGAAGUACCCUGGGAAUUCAACCACCUGGAAGGUUCUGAGCUCUCUAGAAAUCAACAUCUUAGGGCUCUUGAUUCCUCUUGGAAUCAUGCUCUUCUGUUACACCAUGAUCAUCAAGACCCUGCAUCGCUGCAAAAAUGACAAAAAAAACAAGGCAGUGAAGAUGAUCUUUGCAGUAAUGGUUGUGUUCCUGGUGUUCUGGAUUCCAUACAACAUUGUGCUCUUCUUGGAGAUCCUGGUAGAACUGGAAGUUUUCCAGGACUGCACCUUUGGCAUGCAGCUCGACUAUGCACUCCAGGCCACAGAGACCCUGGCUUUUAUUCAUUGCUGCCUCAAUCCAGUCAUCUACUUCUUCCUAGGGGAAAAGUUCCGAAAAUACAUCAAGCAACUCUUCAAAACCUGCAGGGGACCUUUAAGGUUCUGCAAAUACUGUAGUUUUCUCCAAGUUUAUGCUUCGGAAACACCCAGUUCAUCUCACACUCAGUCUACUAUGGAUCAUGAAAUCCAUGAUGCUUUGUAAACGACAGCAGACUCCCUUCCACCAGAGGAAAGAGGAACCGACACCCUUUGAGUAAUUGCAGGGCUCCCUAUUCAGGUUUUAGUCAAUAAAUGUUUGCCCAGAGUGUCAAUCUGUCCCUCACCCUGAAAUGGGCUUUUCUUCUUAUAAUGUGCAUAGUUCCCAGACCAAGCCAUUGUGCAUCUGGGCUAUGAAACCUUGCCUUGUUUCUGGUAUCCCAUAACAAGAAUAGCAUCUCGGGUGAUGAUUUUAAGAAACCCUAUCUGAGAAGAACAUCAACAAAGUGACAGAUAAUAAAGAUGGUGAUGCUAUUAAAAUGUAGCCUGAGAUGACUAGACAGCAAAAGGUUAUCAAGAUGGCAAAAAGAAAAAAAAAAGACCCAGAACAUUUGAGAUCGGUCAGGCUGUGGUUCUUCAUUUCCAGCCUCGUGUGUAAGAAGUCAACGGAGAGCAAAAGUUUCUGAUUGCUCUCUACCUACUACAGUAGAUUUGGGUUUUUUUGUUGUUUUUUUUUUUAAAUUCUGGACUGUUGGGGCAGCUAGGUG